UCUUUGUUUUUGGAGACGCUUUGACAUCGGCGAAAGAUUCCAAAAUCCACACACUCACCUUUUAUUAAUUGAAAGUAGCUAAACUCAAAGCAUUGCGGGAGAAGUUGAUUACAAAAAUUUAAACGCAACUAAUUUCGGAUAUAAUAGGAAAUAAACUAAAGUAUUUGUGAUUUUUUUAAGUACAUUGUGUGUUGAAUACUUUGCUUUUUAAAAAUAUUGUAUUUUUUUAAUAUUUGCCAGAAGGCAUCAACCACGUUGUAGAAAUUAAUUACUGAUCAAUUAUUUAAAAUACAAAAUAUUCAAUAUGGCACGAGGACAUCAAAAGCUACAAUCGCAAGCUAAGGCUCAAGAAAAGCAAGCUAAAAUGAAAAAACAGCAAGGACACAGUGCCAACGAUCAGAAGAAGGCAGCACAAAAAGCGCUCGUUCAUGUAUGCGCAGUUUGCAAGUCUCAAAUGCCCGAUCCAAAAACGUACAAACAACAUUUCGAGAAUAAGCACCCAAAAAAUGAUAUGCCACCGGAAUUAAAGGAUGUGUAAAAAUAACUGUGUUUUAAUUAUUCUGGCUGCUGUCAAGCUCAUCGAUAUUAAUAAAUUUUUGAAUAAAUACAAAAAAAA